CAUGGUGUGUACUGUGUAGUUGUAACUUUGCCUUGCGAUGUACGAAUCAUUUCAUUUGUAUACAUUGUAUAAUACAAACAUGUUUUAUCUGUGAAUGAUGUUGGAUAUUAAGCGUAAAAAAUGUCAAAACGGAGGUCUGCGGUGACUCUAAGUAAUGUUGUUGGUGUCGUAAAAGAGGUUCACUACCCGGGAAAAGCGAUAGUAACGUUUCGGUUUGAUGGGCAACAAGAACGCGCGCUUCUUUACGGCGAGAAAUUGCUUGUAGAUGGAAAAAGUGAAUCUGAUAGGCAAACACUGUACGAAUUCGUUGCGCAAGGGUCUGUGCUGAAGUUCACAUGUCAUUCGUUCAGUAAUAAUGGUGAAGAUCGUUGUAACUGGUUUAUAACCUGUGCUUGGCGCCUGCAUACUUACGACCUGGGUAGUCCUUCUGGUACAACCACAGUGAAUGUGAUAUUUGGAUUGAACAGUACAUUGGGUACUGUUGUUGAAGUGACUGCGAGACAUUGUGUACUUUCGUUCAUCAAUUAUAAAGGUGAAGAGGAAAAUGUCCUUGCAUUGGCAAGCAGAAUUUUUGUGGGAGGUCAUCGAGUGAGCUCCAAGCAAAGCCUGCAGUCUGUUCUGCAUGUGGAUGAUGCAGUCACAUUUGAUGCAACUCCCUGUGAGCCAGAAGAAAUUCCAAGCAAUUGCAAAUGGUUUGCAACAGUGAUGUGGCGUGGGCGUAGGCCUUUGCAGGACUAUGACAGUGCUUUGGAAAUACCUCAGCACUUGAAUCUAAGUAAUCUACUUGGCUUUAUAAAGCAGGCUGCCUUCAACCCUAAAUCACCUUUUAUUAAAGGGUAUGGUCGCAUCAUUGAAAUACUUAAUGAAGAAUAUGGAUUGGCACUGAUAUCUCUGCGUCAUAAUCAUUGGGAGAGUAUGCUUUUUCAUCGUAGUGUUGCUUUCCUUUUUGGCUUGAAACUAACAACACACAACCUUCAAGAAAUCUUCAAAGAAGGUGACCAGAUUCGUUUUAUUGCUGUGCCAGCACCAACUAAAAAACUUAUGACCCUUUGGCUGGCAACACAGAUUAGUGUAGCAGUUGGUUCCACACUGUUGGAGGGUGAUCUCCCUCCAAUUAAAUGAUAAAUUCAUACUGAAUUAUUUGUACAUGAUGCUUUCUAUUGUUUUCAAAGCUAUUACUUGUAUGGUUACUGUUUAAGAAGAUUAUUAAUAUAGUGCUCAACGAAGUUGAGACAGAGAGGUAAAAUUUUGAAUUCAGUUUCUUGUAGUUUUUUUAUAUGUAAGAUUGUGUAGAAGAAUUGUAAUGAGGAGGUGAAUUAAUGACUCUGUAUCUGUCAAAUUUCAUAUUUCUUUGAUAAAAAGAUGUGUAAUGCUGAGAUGAAUA